AUUUAUUGAUUUUUUUGAUCGCUAUUAGCACCGGUGACACCCGCACCACAUGUGCAGUUGACUCACCGGUAAAGGUGUGGUUGGUUUUUGGGUUUCUUAUCAUUCAUCAUAGUUUAAGCAACUGCGGCGACCGUGAGGUUUGGUAUGAGAAUGCGUGAUCCAAGUGUGACAGAUAUGACUCACGAUGGAUCGUGUGUAAGAUGAGUAGGAGUGUGGAUUUUAAGUGGUUGAUUUAAGCAAAAUAGUAGUGAGUGAAAUCCGCGAAAAUGAACUUCAGUUAAGUGUGUAAUAAGAUAUUUGCUUAAGAUCGCCGCUUCAACACCGGGCUUACGCGGAAGUUUUUCGCUAUAAUUGCACACCUACUCGUGAAGAGCAGAAGAGGAUCCAUCUUGCAGCGCAACAUUUGAUAUCAUUGCUUCAAUUUCUUCGUUUGCCUAGGUACCAUCGGAAGCAAAUUAUAGGCGUUCUUGAAAGAGGUACAAAGAAGAUAGGACUACAUACAGAGCGAAGUGCUAGUGAUUGAGAGGAAUGGGUCGGCCCAUUGGCCGUGGCCAGCCAGGCUCUAGCUUCGUGUUCCGUGGUGUGUAGGUUGAGCAUAAUUUCUGCUCAGCAUAGGGUUUCCUACGUCGUCGUCGAGAUAAUAAUGAAGCGCACUGCAGGCAAGACUGCUGAGCGCAAGAAAUUGUUACUUUAAUUAGUGUUCAUCAGUCGCAACAUCAGCGGAAUUGUGCGGCGAACAUAGAGAUUCUUGGUGUUAAUCCAAUCAAGAACAGAAAGGCGGAAUUCUUUACAACAAAGUGACGCAGCGGCACAUCUUGGUGGGAACGUGGCCGUGGGUGGAAACGUGCUUGCGACGCGAGGGAAGUUCGUCCUCCCGCUUUUCCAUAAAAGCUCUUCCACUUAAAGGCAGACAUUAAUCAUUAGUAUUUUAUGUCCCGGAGAAAUUGUGAAUCAUAAAGGAUCAAUAAAUCUCCACCACCCGUAAAUGCCCGCCGCACUAGCACGCUCCCAGCGACGCCCGCUAGCCCGGUAGAAAAGGGCGUCCGCUUCCUAUGGGAAAGUGCGCCUCCAAGCAGCCGGUUUCUGGACUGAAUGAAUUUGGAAGCUCCCCCUAUCUGGCCAUCUGCAACGAAGAUGACAUCAUAUACAUCAAUGUGGGUCAAUCGGAAAGUAAGAAAUCAUCCAAAAAGGCAACGGCCGGCCUGGAGACCAAGGGUACGGCCAUGUCCUUCGGAUUCAAGAAGCACAAAGUACACCAGUCGGGAGCGAGCGGCAAGCUUCCGGGCUCGGCCCUCAGCGGUACCGAUGGCCAAACGGUCAGCGCAGGAUCAGUUUCGGGAACCGGCGGCUCAUUCAGGAAGGUUGGCGCCACCAACGGGAACCACCUGUACGCUGGUGCGGAGAAGGAAAAAGCGACGGAAAAGGACAACGCCACCGUGAUCUCCAAUCCCGGAGUCGAUGGCAUUUUUAGCGAUAAGAACGGCAAUAUGGGUUCAACCGAUACGAUAGACGACAGCUCAGCCAAACCGAACGGCCGUUCGACGCCACGUCUUCAGCCGCCGAAAAAGGACUCUUACGGUGCACCGUAUCGCAACAAUCGGUUUGGCUUCCGCUCAACGAAUGUGGUUCGACCGGCAUCGGUCGGGUUGCAGCCGAAAACUAUUGCCGACUAUGAUAAGCAACAUUCCAACAAUAACAAUAAUACGAUUAACGCCAAUAACAAUAACAACAACAACAACAAUGUAUACAUCACCGACAAACGCCGGUCGAAGAGUGCUUCAUCGGCGGCCAGCGCUCGGACAACAUUUACGCCAUUGCAGCAAGCGCCGCCGGCCCAGAUCCAACAGGAACGGGCCUCAGCAUUGCCACAUCCCGGCUUCGGUGCACUUCACAAGCCGCUGCCGAAAUAUCAAUCGCAAAACAACCAGACGACGAAAAUAACUCCAUCUGACGCGUGCUCAGUGGCGGCGGCAGCGAACGGCGGCGCGCAACAAGUGAUGUUGAAAUGCGAUCAAGCGGAGCAUAAAAAUACUUCGCACCAUCAUCAUGUAUCGGCGGCAUUCAGCGGAAGCAGCGACGAUCCGCGCUCACAGUCAACGGUAAAUAAUGCUAACGGCCGACAGUUCGUCUCGACCGUCGACUCCGCACAGCAACAACAUGUCGCCACCAAUUCUAUAGCGAAAACUGCACCGAAAACGGCGCAUGCUAACGGACAAGAGACGGCUUCGGUAGCCAAAUUUACACUGCACAGUUCCAGUCUCCCGAAGCCUCAGUAUCCCGUACCGAUCAGUCUCCCCUCAGCCGCCCCUCGCUAUGAUAUGGAUCCAAAAGGUGCCAAGCAGGCCGUCAACAUAAGCCGUAAAGUCACACUUCAAGGUCUACCACCGUACCAGCGGGAACAAUCAUCCGAAGACGGUACACAUGAUUUGAAUCGUGAGCUGAAUCCUAACGUGGACACCGGUUCUAACAUCCGUGUGCCUCGCCAGCGCUAUCGCAACCUAGAGAUGAUCAUGAGUGGACGUCAUAAGUUCGAGGUGAGAGACUUGGAAACGCUCACUGCUGAACCGAUUGUGUCCCUGGCCCUACCCAAACUUCCUAGUGCAUUUAACACAAACGGCCCGCAGCAACCGAUCGGCAUGAGCGGUUUGGUUCGUUCUACUGAGCUCCCCAGACAGCUAAGUGACGACAUCGACAUCAACGACAAUCGUUACGAAUCGGAGCAACCUCCACCGGUUGACCCGCUGGCUGAGCGCAAAGAUUCGAUCGUUUCGUCCGAUGUCGAAAGCCUCGAGGAAGAGGAAAAGCUCACCAGAGAUAACAAUUCCUCAGAGAAAAGUCUAAAGGGAGCGAUCCUGCGAGAUUUGCAAUCCGCGGAGAUACACGGUGGCAGCAAAACUUCUUCGCCGGGAAGUUCCAGAGCGUCCUGGUGCAAUGCGGGCGAAACAAUGGCACCGAAGGAGUGCAGCAGUUUGAGCCUAAGCAGCAGCGAGGAUGCUAAUCAACGGCACCGAAAAGCUUCGAUAGAUGAGGUCGAUGUCAGCUCGGUGACCAUCACCGCCGGGAAUCCGUCACUAAUGUCUUCAUAUUCGGCGGCGAUUCCGAUGGACAUUUCCAUGAAUUUGGACAGCAUCUCGGAGGUUCAGAACAGCUUCGUUGAUAACGAUAACACAGCUUCCGAUCAACCGGACAGUAAUCAGAUUUUCCGCACGGAGGAAACCAAGUUUGCCGAAAUAGCCGCUGCGGUCGGCGAUGCCAUUUUGCUGGACGAUGAAACGUCCCCGACGGACAGUCUGGUCAGCAGCUGUACCGAUUCGGAUGAUGUGCGUAAAAAUCGCAAAAAGUGCGCCCCACUAGAGGGAAAGAAUGAUCGGGACAAAGAAAAGGACAUCGAUGAAAUAUCACCCGAACUGGAUGACCUUACCAGUCCGGUUACGCCGGGAACUCCCACACAUGCUUCAAAUUCCCUCUCGCUUUCGGAUGGUGGAAGAGAUUUUCUUAUCGACGAUGAAAUUGCCGAUCAACCGGCGCUGGUUUUUGAUGAGCCAGCUCUCAAUGACAGCAGCAUGAUUGACCUAGUGUCCAUCAACAUCAAUGUUACCGACGAGGCAGCAACUCUCCGGGAUUCGGUUUCGUCGUUAAAUACCAACAAUAAUAAGAACUCUUCAAAAGGGGCUGCACCGGUGCCAAAACCGAGAAAAAUCAUGCCGGAUGCCUACGAAUCACCGGCUCCGAUGAGAAAGAACCGAACCCGAUUGCCUCGUGCCGAAUCACUGGACACCCUUUCGCCAUGUGAUUCCAUUGCGUCGGACGACUUUAUGCUGGAUUUCAACAGCAGCAUGGACUCCAUCGACAGGGCACCUCGGUCCAUUGCCAGCGAAAGCGCCUCGGCGCUGCACUCCAUGGACGAACUUCAACUGUGGUCCGAGCUGGAGAACAAAGGCGGCCAACUACUAAUGCACGAGUGGAGCAAGCUUUUGCGCUCACAGCGAAGUGGCAGCAACAAUCACAACACAAGCCGCGAAAGCAUAACAUCUCAGCUACCGACCAGAGCGACCCGGCUGCUGACGAGACGUCUGCAGAACAAUGCAACACCGACAAACUGCGGCACCGGUGGUUCGGAAAGUCCUCGCUCCAUGGAUAGCCUUCCGCGGCGGACGGCUCUUUCGGCAUCGUACAAGACGGCUACCCUCAAUCAGUUCAACAACAACAUCGCCAACAUGUCGGACUCGGCCUCGACGGCCACCAAUUCGGCGGAGGAUCUGACCUUGCUGGACAAGUCCCUGCGCAAUUCGAUGCUCCAGGAUGUGGUUCACUUCAAGAAGCAACUGGUGCGGCUCCGCCGAAUCCUGCAGGAGGAUGAAGAAAAUUUGAUGAUGACCGAUACUCUCAACCCAUUUGAAAACAAUAAUGGGCAAUUCUUCACUACUGCCCUGACCGCAGCAGCAGCCGCAACAACAACGACGGCGGCGGCGGCGGCAGCGUCAACGACGACGGCAGCACUGGGAGCCGGCUCACUGCCGGAGGGUGGAGCCGGUGGUCUGCCCGCCGGAACUUCCAGCGUCGCCAGCGUCGACAGCAAGCAGCAGGAAAAUCUCCUCAUCAAAGAGUCCGGCGUGGUGGCACUGGCUCUGCUCGAGGACCAGCGGCAGGAGCUGGCGGAUCUCAGAAGACAGGUGGUUUACCUUCAGAGUGAAAUCACCGUCAAAGAUCGCACCAUCCGACAGCAGCAAAACUUGAUCGAUAAGUACGAAGCCGAACGGGAGAAGCUCCAGGCAGGCCUACCGAACGGUUCCGACGGCGUCGCCCCGAGGGAUUCACCGGCCGACAAGACUAUUGAUACAAUCAGCACGGCGACCCAAACCGAGAGGCUUAGGCCACUAUCAUUCGGCGGACCGGAAGGAUUAGCGAGUCGAAGUGAGUUGUCCACACCAUCCCAACCAUCUGCCGCGCGGAGCGGUUUCCGAUCUUCCGCAAUAACCGCCAACAACAACAACAGUAGUCAUCAUGCUCACCACCACCACAACCACAACCAAAACCACCACCACCACCAUCAUAAUCAUCAUAUCGCUAAUGGCGGCAGCAGUCCAGCAAACGUCAACAGCACUUCCCCUUCAGCACUCAUCAGCAGCAGCCGCACCUCGCUGAACCUCAAGCCAAAAACGCAAAUCUCGUCCGUCUACACGCAGCUCUCGUCCAUCAAGCACUCGAACCACAACGGAAUCGCUGCUGCCGGCGUUUCCAAUGCGACCCUUCCCACCUUGGGUCACAAACGGGCUUCCCUCGGUUCCACCAGCAACCUGAGCAACAUCCCCAUCACCACCACCAACAGUAAUAGUAGUAGCAACAACAGUGGUUCACCCAUGAAAACCGUACGCACCACCCACAUCGGUAAUGUACUGACCUCUAGCAAGCUGCACCAGGCCAGCUUUUCGGGAUCCGACAAACCAACCACUCCGCCACCACCGCUUCCAACAGCGAACGGAACGAAAUUGCUCAAAAGCUCUGUCCGCACACAGAUGAUAAAUGGCAGGGGAACCUCCAGUUCCCCAUCCAAUUCGGCGACACUGGGCGCCUCCUCGCCGAAGCGAUCGUCCGCUAUUAAACCGCCAAACGCGUUCGCGUGUAACACCUUCCCGGAUACGCCCACUGCGCACAAAUCCAAAUCAGCGCCGACCACACCCUCGAUCGAGCGGGGUUCAUCGCCAGCACUAUCCAGCGUACAGAUCAUUAUCGACGGUGUGAAGGAAAAUGGCUACCAUGGGCAGCAAAAUGGUAACCACAGCAACGGCCAACAAAGCGAGGAUCAGCUAAGCAAUGACGACAAAGAGCAAGCGGCUGAGACGGAAAAGGACGCGAUAAACAAUAAGAUCAAUAGUCUUAAACUAGCAAACGGAUUGACUGGAUGUAAUGAUAGUAGUAGUAAGGACACUAGUUUAGUUAUCUAGUUGCAUAAGAGAAUGAAUAUUUAUAUAUUUAAAUAAAUACAAAAAAAUACAACAUUUGAGAACAAACUGGUAAAAACUUACUAUACAUAAAUGUGAUCCAGUAACCUAAAUUAUGUGCUUAACAAACAAUGUAUUCACUCAAACCGCAAAUCUUCACUAGGAAAAAAAACUGAGAGCGCGAUCCCCUCUGGAUUGUAGGUACCAUUACAUAGACUUAUCAGGCUUAAACACAACCAUUAAACAACCAACCAGCACAUUUAGUCCAGAACAAACCAAACCAAAAAGCCAAUCACUAUUAGCUACUUUUUGAGGAUGAAAAUUUAAUCAUUCGUCGGUCCACAUAUUAUUAUACCACAAACAAACAAACUACACAAAACGAUACAAUCGCUUUUUUUCGGCCAAAGCGCUCAGUAGAAAACAGUCUGUAAUGUAUUUUUAGAUAAGGUGCUGCAAUGACGCUAAUGUGAAAAAAAAAAUUAAUCCUUUUUGUUACGUUGUUAUCCUAUUCUUCACACGUUUCGUGCAAUCGUAUUUACCUGUAUUCUAUAAACAAAAAAGAAUUUUAUUUUUUAACUUAAAGUUUAAAACCAGGCAGCCCCAGCGGCCAAGCCGACUAUCGAAUAGCGAGUACUAUUAUAUUAGUAUAUUGAAUAAGUUUAAAACUAUUUCUAUAUAAUUCCUUAAAGGCAGAAAAAAGAUAAUUGUUUAGUAAAGAAAAUUAUUACACAGUUUCAAAUUUGGAAACAGUAUAACCUCCCAAGCAGUAUAUCAAAUUUCCAAGUAUUUAAAUUUUGACACUCAAAUCACUGAAACUAUCUUAACAGUAUGAUAAAGGAACCGGUUUACACAAAGGCACACAUUGGUUUGGGCUGGUAAGCAUGAACUCAACCGGAAGCAAAAAUUUUGAUUCGAAACUUUUGAACCCAGUGAAAUAACCGAUCAGCAUUCAAUCAGCAUCAUCAUAACCAUCAGCAUUGAAACAAAGGAUUGAACAAGAAAUACGAAACAGUCAUUUGACCGUCGUAUAUGAAAUACGCGUUGAUCAGUGAAUAUUUAAAGGGAAAAUAUAUUUCGG